CCGACCGCUGCCGCCGCCGCCGCCGAGGCCCCAGUUGAUGCCGCAGAGCUCCCCCAACGCCGCCGCCACCGCCUCCGACAUGGACAAGAACAGCGGCUCCAGCAGCUCCUCCGCCUCUUCGGGCAGCAGCAAAGGGCAACAGCCGCCCCGCUCCGCCUCGGCUGGGCCGGCUGGCGAGUCUAAACCCAAAAGCGAUGGAAAGAACUCAAAUGGAUCCAAGCGUUUUAAUCGCAAACGAGAACCUUCCUGCCCCAAAAAUGAAAAUUUUAGCAACCAGUCCCGUCGCUCCAAUUCACAGAAAAGCAAAACUUUUAAUAAGAUGCCUCCUCAGAGGGGCGGCGGCAGCAGCAAACUCUUUAGCUCUUCUUUUAAUGGUGGAAGACGAGAUGAGGUAGCAGAGGCUCAACGGGCAGAGUUUAGCCCUGCCCAGUUCUCUGGUCCAAAGAAGAUCAACCUGAACCACUUGCUGAAUUUCACUUUUGAACCCCGUGGCCAGACGGGUCACUCUGAAGGCAGUGGACAUGGCAGCUGGGGAAAAAGGAACAAGUGGGGGCAUAAGCCUUUCAACAAGGAGCUCUUUUUACAGGCCAACUGCCAAUUUGUGGUGUCUGAAGACCAAGACUACACAGUUCAUUUUGCUGAUCCCGAUACCUUAGUCAAUUGGGACUUUGUGGAACAAGUGCGUAUUUGUAGCCAUGAAGUGCCAUCUUGCCCAAUAUGCCUAUAUCCACCUACUGCAGCCAAGAUAACCCGCUGUGGACACAUCUUCUGCUGGGCAUGCAUCCUGCACUAUCUUUCACUGAGUGAGAAGACCUGGAGUAAAUGUCCCAUCUGCUACAGUUCUGUGCAUAAGAAGGAUCUCAAGAGCGUUGUUGCCACAGAGUCUCGUCAGUAUGUUGUUGGUGAUACCAUUACGAUGCAGCUGAUGAAGAGGGAGAAAGGGGUGUUGGUGGCCUUGCCUAAAUCCAAAUGGAUGAAUAUAGACCAUCCUUUUCAUCUAGGAGAUGAGCUGCACGGCCAGUACUCCAAGCUGCUGCUGGCCUCCAAGGAGCAGGUGCUGCACCGGGUGAUCGAGGAAGAGAAAAGAGCGCUGGAACAGCAGCUGGCAGAGGAGAAGCACAGUCCCGAGUCCUGCUUUAUCGAGGCAGCCAUCCAGGAGCUCAAGACUCGGGAAGAAGCUCUCUCAGGAUUGGCUGAAAGCAGAGGGGACGUCACUGGUGUCGUGGCUACUCUGGAACAACUGGUGCUGAUGGCUCCCUUGUCGAAGGAGUCCGUUUUUCAACCCAGGAAGGGAGUCCUAGAGUAUCUCUCUGCUUUUGAUGAAGAAACCACCGAAGUCUCUUCUCUGGUCUCCUCUCGUCCUCUUGGUCUCCCUCUGGUAGAGGAAGAGGAAGCGGUGUCUGAACCGGAGCCUGAGGGCUUUUCAGAGGCCUGUGAUGACUCGAAGUUAGCAAAUGACAAUCUUGGAGAGGGGACCAUUUGUACUGAGUCUAACCAGCAGGAACCCAUCACCAGUUCAGACUUCACACACCUGAGCAGCUCUCCUUGUUACUACUUUUACCAAGCGGAGGACGGGCAGUACAUGUUCCUGCACCCUGUGAACGUGCGCUGCCUCGUGCGGGAGUACGGCAGCCUGGAGCAGAGCCCCGAGAAGAUCUCAGCAACGGUGGUGGAGAUCGCUGGGUACUCCAUGUCUGAGGACGUUCGACAGCGUCACAGAUAUCUCUCUCACUUGCCACUCACCUGUGAGUUUAGCAUCUGCGAACUGGCUCUGCAGCCUCCUCUUGUCUCUAAGGAAACCCUGGAGAUAUUCUCAGAUGACAUUGAGAAGAGGAAGCGUCAGCGCCAGAAGAAGGCUCGGGAGGAGCGCCGUCGAGAGCGUAGAAUUGAGAUGGAAGAGAACAAGAAACAGGGCAAGUACCCAGAAGUCCACAUACCCCUAGAGAAUCUACAGCAGUUUCCUGCCUUCAAUUCCUAUGCUUGUUCCUCCGAUUCUGCUUUGGGUCACACCAGCACUGAGGGCCAUGGGGCUUUCUCCAUUUCUCCUCUUAGCAGAAGUCCGGGUUCCCAAGCAGACUUCCUGCUGACCCCUGUGUCACCCGCCGCCAGUCAGGGCAGCCCUUCGUUCUGCAUCGGGAGUCUGGAAGAAGACUCUCCUUUCCCUUCUUUCGCCCAGAUGCUGAGAGUUGGAAAAGCAAAAGCGGAGGUGUGGCCCAAAAUGGCUCCAACAAAAGAUGAAAACAGCUUAGUCCCUCCUGCCACUGUGGACAGUGAUGGAGAGAGUGAUAACUCGGAUCGUGUUCCUGUGCCCAGUUUCCAAAAUUCCUUCAGCCAAGCGAUUGAAGCGGCCUUCAUGAAACUGGACACGCCAGCUGCUGCAGACGCCCUCUCCGAAGAGAAAGGAGGAAAGAAAAGAAAAAAACAGAAACAGAAGCUUCUGUUCAGCACCUCAGUCGUCCACACCAAGUGACACUACUGGCCCAGGCUACCUUCUCCAUUUGGUUUUCUUUUUUCUGUGCUUUUGUUUUGCUGCUGUAAUUUUUAAGUAUUUGAGUUUGAACAGAUUAGCUCUGGGUGGGGGGAGGGGGUUUCCACAACAUGAGGGGAACCAAGAUUUUAAAUACAGUGUAUUUUCCAGCUUCCCAUCUUUACACCAAAAAUAAAGUAUUGACACUCACAAGAGA